UCACCAGGCAUGACACAUUGCAUGUGAUGCAAAUGAGGGUCGUUCCGUUCUGCAACAGCUUUGCACAGGGGACGGGGGGAAAAAAAUAGAGUUAAAGUCACUGUCAAAUCACAGUUCUGAUGAAAGGUCACAGACUCUCCAAAUGAACUCAAGAGACGGUUGAUGAGAUGACAUCGCAUUCAAAUCGCGCAAAGCUAACAGCAGAGAAAGGAAGUGGCAGAUCAUGGUUGAAGUCGCUAAGGACCUGUUGGAGGUUUGGUUUCAAGAACACUGAACCCAUGGCGUCCCAAUCGCUUUGCCAUCGGAAACUCAUUGAACUGUCUUCAAAAUGGUUCUUGGAGACUUGUGCGUCGCACAUCGCUCAAAAUGGCUGCUUCCCCGCUUGGUUUGCGGGUUUCAUCGGCAGAGAGGAUGCGGAAGAAAUCCUCAAAAAAAAGGAAGAAGGUUGUUUCCUCAUCCGUAUCAGUGACAAAGCCAUCGGAUAUGUUCUUUCUUAUAGAGGCCGCGAUCGCUGUCGACACUUGGUGAUAAACCAAAGCGACACAGGACGUUUUGUCGUCCGUGGAGCCGCUGAGGAACACCACACAGUCCCGGAGCUAAUCCGCCAUUAUUCGAGGAACCCCAUUGAGCCGUUUGGAGAAUAUCUCAUAUCAUCGCGCUUUGAGGCACCUGCGGACAGGACGUACGACGUCAUUCGGCAUGUGUCGCAUAGCAAAGUGGAGAGAAACUCUGAGCAGGCGAAAAGUAAAAGAACAGUUGAGGAAGUGCCACCACUCCCAAGGAGGGUCAGACACCAUGACAAUAUUGAACCGAGUGACCCAAACAGGAUGCUGUACGCUAAGCUCAAAAAGAAACCAACCAGAGAUCUUCAUGCAAGCCAGCAACAAAUACAUAAGGAAAGCUUGCCCGGCGCUACCGCAAGAAGAACCACCACCACGCUGGAUCACAACUCCAGGAAGUGUCGUCCCCUAUCUGCACCGGAAUACUCUUUGCUUUGCUGGGCAGAUUCUGGACCGAGAGGAUCUCAAAGCGGUCACGCUAUUGAGUACCUGAACGACGAUCCUGGUUAUUUUCUGGCCGGUAUGCCCGGCAGCCCUCACACUGAAUGCAAAGAAACCAAAUUGCAUCUUCCGGAAGGUCACAGUAACUUGGUUUAUGCCGGGAUACACGCAGAAGUUUCUGACGAUGACAUCUACGAGAUCGUCCCUGGCAUAGGGAACGCGUGGGAACGUGAAAGCAGCGUGUAUGAGUCGGUGGAGGAUCUCAAUCGUUUGUUGUGGGGUAAGUAGUACGGCGUCAUCUUCAUCAAAUAAACCUACGACCGUCGCUUCCUGUCGGCGUACAAAGCAGGAUGGCAGAGGAUGACGUUCAAUCCUUUUUAUAAAAAAAAAUAAAAUAGGCAGUGCUGAAAUUCAUUCUUUGUUUAUACCAACUGAAUAUAAAUGUAUCGUCUCCAUCUAGUGGUCGGCGGUGUAAUUACACCCUAAAUAAAGCAUUAAAAAUGCGCUACGUCAUGGAGUUUGGAUGAAAUCAAGAUGUGAAUUUUCCUGAUAGUGCCACUAAUAGCAGUGUUGGGGUUUUAUUAGUAGAAUAUAUUUGUUUUUCCACAUUUACUACUAGUUUUGUAAUGGAUGACAUUUAUAUUGUACUGAAGCUGUGAAAUGAAAUGAAAUUAUUGCUUUUUUUUUAUGCCUUGCUGGGUUAAAAACAAAAUAAAAGCUCACCAAUUUAA